GAUGGUAUCCAUUCCAGAAUACUAUGAAGGCAAGAAUGUUCUUCUCACAGGAGCUACUGGUUUCAUGGGAAAAGUUCUUCUUGAAAAGCUGCUAAGGUCUUGUCCAAAAGUAAAAGCAGUUUAUGUGUUGGUGAGACACAAAGCAGGAAAGAUGUCUCAAGAAAGAGUGGAAGAAAUGAUCAGCUGCAAGCUCUUUGACCGACUGAGAGAAGAACAGCCACAAUUUAAAGAAAAAAUUAUAGCAGUUGCUAGUGACCUUACAGAAUCAGAAAUGGCCCUUAGUGAAGAAGACAAGGCAACUCUCAUAGACUGCACAAAUAUUGUAUUUCAUUGUGCUGCUACUGUAAGAUUCAAUGAAAUUCUAAGAGAUGCUGUUCAGCUCAAUGUAAUUGCAACGCAACAGCUUCUUUUCUUAGCCCAGAAAAUGAAGAAUCUGGAUGUGUUUAUCCAUGUUUCAACAGCAUUUGCAUAUUGCAAUCGAAAGCACAUUGAGGAAGUCGUCUAUCCACCCCCUGUUGAUCCCAAGAAAUUGAUAGAUUCCUUAGAGUGGAUGGAUGACGGCCUAGUGAAUGAUAUCACUCCAAAACUGAUAGGAGACCGGCCUAAUACUUACACAUAUACAAAAGCCCUAGCAGAAUACAUUGUACAACAGGAAGGUGCAAAGCUAAACGUAGCCAUUAUAAGGCCAUCAAUUGUUGGUGCCAGCUGGAAAGAGCCUUUCCCAGGAUGGAUUGACAACUUUAAUGGACCCAGUGGCCUCUUUAUUGCUGCAGGAAAAGGAAUUCUUCGAACAAUGCGAGCCUCCAACAGUGCCGUUGCAGAUCUUAUUCCAGUAGAUGUAGUCAUCAAUGCAACAAUAGCUGCUGCUUGGUAUUCGGGAGUUAAUAGACCAAGAAAUAUAAUGGUAUACAACUGUACAACGGGUGGCACCAAUCCUUUCCAUUGGGGUGAAGUUGAAUACCAUGUAAUAUCUACUUUCAAGAGGAAUCCUCUCGAACAGGCCUUCAGACGGCCCAAUGUAAAUCUAACCUCCAAUCACCUUUUAUAUCACUACUGGAUUGCUGUAAGCCAUAAGGCCCCAGCAUUCCUGUAUGAUAUCUACCUCAGGAUUACAGGAAGAAGCCCAAGGAUGAUGAAAACAAUAACACGCCUUCACAAGGCUAUGAUGUUGCUAGAAUACUUUACCAGUAAUUCUUGGGACUGGAAUACAGACAAUGUAAAUAUGCUUAUGAGCCAGCUGGGUCCUGAAGAUAAAAAGGUAUUUAAUUUUGAUGUCCGCCAGUUACAUUGGGCAGAAUAUAUGGAAAACUACUGUAUGGGAACAAAGAAAUAUGUUCUGAAUGAGGAAAUGUCUGGUCUCCCAGCAGCUAGGAAACAUUUGAAUAAGUUAAGGAACAUCCGGUAUGGCUUCAAUACAGUGCUUGUUAUUCUCAUUUGGCGUGUCUUCAUCGCAAGAUCACAAAUGGCAAGAAACAUCUGGUAUUUUGUUGUGAGCCUGUGUUACAAGUUCCUCUCUUACUUCAGAGCCUCUAGUACUAUGAGAUACUGAAGAGGACAAUUCUAGCAUUAGGACAUCUAUGCAUAUGGUGGUCUAAUGGCACAAAGCCGUAUAAUGUACCUACUCAUCUUGUCUUUUGUAAAAACAUGAAGUAUUAGAUCUGGAUUGUGAAAUACAGUACAUGUGAUGCUUAAUUGUGUAUUUCUGUAAAGAUUAUAUGGCUGGUUCCGGAGCAAUCUGUCAUUCGGUAAAUAUGUAGGUUAAAUAUCCAACAAAACAGAUUUAAUAUCUCUGUGUGAGGUAAACCUUUAGGCCACUGACCAGUGUAACUGUGCAAUUCUGGAAUGCAUUGAAUUAAAAUCUGCCUUAAGAUAGUAAACUUAAUUUUUAUGGCAAAUAAGCUCAUUAGUUAAGGUGAACCAAUUAUUGACUUAGGUGAUAGACUUAUUUAUUUGAGACUUUUAAAAUUGCAAUGUCCUUGUAAAUGAUUGUGAGUUUGAUUUUUCUGUUAGUCUUUUAUUGCUCUUGCCUCCUUCCUGGUGACUGUAAAGAUGU